CCAUGGCUCUCCAAGCACUUCGCGAUGAACUGGUUUACUACUAUGGAUACUCUCAAGGUCGUGGCUUCUCAGUUGGUGACCUCUUCUCGAGAACCUCCGCCAAGGUCCUUUCCCAAGUGUCAUCCCUUAUGACUAUACCACUUCCCUUGCUCUCUUUCCUUGCUGUACCCUUCUUCGGCUCCUCGUCGACCACUAUCAGCCUUGCCUUCUUCCUCCUGACCUGGGUGACCCUGGUUUCUACACACAACCCCUUGUAUCUGGAGCUUGUCGGCACCCUUGCAAUCAGAAUUAUCUUCUUCGUACUCCCUAGCUUGGCUGUCUUGGGCUUCGACUCUCUCAUACCCAGCCUCUCCGCCAGUAUCAAGUCUCGUGGUGCUGCUCAGCUGCCAACCCAACUCAGCUCGCGAAGAUUGAGAAAUGUGAUAUUUGUAUCUGUCUUCAAUGUCGCCUUGACAGUUUUGAUCCAGGGGCUAUGCGAGUUUGUGCUUACUGAAGUUCUCAACACUCGAUCUGCUAUUCGUGUGAGCAAGAUUCCGCCUGCCCCCUGGCCGACUAUGGUCAAGGAAGUGCUGUACGGACUCGGGUGUCGUGGAAUUUUGCAUUACUUCAUACAUCGCGAUGUCCUGCAUGCUUCUCCGAAAGACUCCGUUCUGGCUCGCUGGCAUGCCGACUGGGCACACAGCCUGAGACACCCCUUCUCUCUCGCAUCUGCUUACGAUCAUCCUGUUUGCCAUCUACUCACCGAUUGGGCACCAUUAUAUCUUACGACGCUCUUCUUCCGUUUCCAUGUUUUGACAUGGUAUAUUCUANCGGCCAUCGUCAGUCUCGAGCAGUUCUUCAUUUACUCUGGCUACUCGGUUCUACCAUCGCAGAUCCUGUUAGCUGGUAUGGCCAGAAGAACUGACUCUCAUUAUGCUACUGGUGGCAAAGGCAACUAUGGCAACUGGGGUGUGCUCGACUGGACCUUUAGUACUGGUUGUCCCGGUGAUGCCGAUGUAGUAGAUGACGUGCAAGACGAGGUCGAUAAGAGCGGUGUGAGAGAUCGUGCUGCAAACAUGAUCGGGAAUGCAGGAGAGAGACUCAGAAAGGGCAACGAUAGUACACAAAGAAGCUCUUCUCAAGCUCGAAGAAGGAGCAAGAGACAGGCAGCA